AUGUUAAGAAAAUCAUUGAAGAUCAACAAAAGCACACUUAAUUUAGGAGCAGUAAUACACCAGUACAAUAUUCAAACACUUCAGAUCAAAUACUCAACGUUAGCUAUGUCCUCCUCCGCUGAUACAAGCUACUGCUCAGAGAUUUGCUCGUCGCCAACUUAUGCCCGCCCUUCGACACAGGUCAAAACCAUAAUAAGACCAGAACCUAGCAAUACAUUAACGCCAGGGUUGAUAAACUAUAUUCAGAAUACCCAAUGGAGCUCGACUUUUGAUGAGAGCCAAGAGCAACCACAACUAGAUGAAGUACGACCACAGACUGAAAUACUUUUAAGGGAGUUCGAAAUGGACGCGAUUUUCUCCGAUGAGGUGCCCUUAGAUGGUCCGCUAAGUACUUCACCGAGUAGUUCUAAGGAGAAGGUUCAAAUACCGCAUCCAGUACAAGACGAACCGCAGUCAGUUGUGAAACCUAUAUCUCCUUUGCGCCUGUCUCAAGUGCAGAAUAUACCCCCACAGAGUAAACUGGUGCACAGAAUUACUUCUCCUAUAUCAUCUCCUUCAUCGAAGAAGUCAAAAACUUCGUUUGUUUCCGCCAGACAGUUUUCUACAGUUACCAGACAACAAGCUGCUACCUCCAAUUCAAACCAUACGAUACUACUCGCAACUCAGAAUGCUCCGAACGAUAUACAAGAUCAGCAUAAUAAAGGAAUUUUGGCCCCAAAAGUAGUCAAGCCAAUUAUUUUAUCCAAAGAACAAGAGCAUGUCUUGAAUUUAGCAUACCAUGGCACUUCACUUUUUUAUACAGGUUCUGCUGGAACUGGUAAAUCCAUCUUACUUAAAGCCAUGAUUAAAUCGUUAAGGAAAAAACAUGAACCAGGCACCGUUGCGGUUACUGCAUCUACAGGAUUAGCUGCAUGUAAUAUUGGUGGUACUACUCUACAUGCAUUUGCAGGCGUAGGAUUGGGUGACAUGGAUUUACCUAAAUGCUUAAAGAAGAUUAAAGCGAAUAGAUCAGCUUAUACAAAAUGGCUCAAAACAAAAGUGUUGAUUAUUGAUGAAGUCUCUAUGAUCGAUGGGAAAUUCUUGGAUAAGUUGAAUGAAAUUGCAAAAACUUUAAGAAAGAAUCAAAGGCCAUUUGGUGGAAUUCAAUUAAUAGUGUCCGGAGACUUUUAUCAGUUACCACCUGUAACUAAACGGUCUGUUCAGGACAAUUUAAAUGGAGAUUAUUCCUCUCUUAUAGAAGAAACAGUGUUUGCGUUUGAAAGCAUGGCGUGGAAAGAAACCAUUGCCUGCACAAUUAUAUUGAAGGAAGUUUUCAGGCAAAAGGGUGAUCAAGAAUUUGUAGAUAUGCUUAAUGAAAUGAGAACUGGAAAAGUCAGCAAGACUAACGCUAAAAAAUUCCAAUAUUUACAAAGACCUUUGGCUAGCAACGAUGGAAUUGAACCUGCGGAAUUAUUCCCAACUAGAGCCGAAGUUGAUAAUGCUAAUCAUCAAAGGUUGCAGACCCUCACAGACAAAGCACUUGUGUAUCAAAGUGUAGACACUGGCACUCUCCCCGCACAAAAGAGAUUCCUUGUGCUUAAUGAUUCUCUUGCCACUCCUAGAUUGUUUUUGAAAAAAAAUGCUCAAGUGAUGUGUAUCAAAAAUUUUGAUGACACUUUGGUGAAUGGCUCGUUAGGUCAAGUUGUUGACUUUAUGGAUAGAAACACGUAUAUGGCCUACAGAGAGAUGAAGGAAACAGAUAAAAGUGCUGAAGAAAUUCUGGAAUUGGUUCUGAAGGAGAGGAAAGGUAAAGUUGUGGACCUACCUGAAGAUGAAGAUACUAAUGGUAUUCUGGAAAAUAUCCCCCUUAGUGAAUCUGUUUUCAGCUACAUUGCCGAUAUGAAGGGUCCAGAUAAUGGUUCACUGCAAGAUUCAGGGGCAUCCACCUUUGAAGCUAACAAACAAAGAAAAUUGGAGUUGUUAAAACAAUUACACGAAACUUCUACGCUUAGAAAGUAUCCAUUGGUUAGAUUUUUACUUCCUGAUGGAUUUAAUCAUAGAGAGGUUCUUGUCGAACCCGAAGAAUGGACCGUUGAAGAUGAAUCUGGAACUGUUCUUGCAAGACGUAUUCAACUCCCCCUUAUAUUGGCGUGGUCUCUUUCAAUCCACAAAUCACAGGGUCAGACACUUCCCAAGGUGAAAGUAGAUCUUAGAAGAAUUUUUGAGAGAGGACAGGCUUAUGUUGCUCUUUCCAGAGCAUCUUCCCGUCGUGGGUUACAAAUCCUCAAUUUCCGGACUGAUAAAGUAAUGGUGCAUGAAAAGGUUAACAGGUUCUAUAUGACUUUAUUGACUGCUGAGGAAAUUCAAAAUGAAGAGCAAAAUGGCAAGGAGAAUAUUGAAUUCAAUCAAAUAUCAGGAGGGUCUGCGGCGACACCAAUUGCAAUUGAAAAUAAACAACGACCCAAGCGGAUAGACGAUUACUUUUAA